AUGGAUCAGUCCAUCGUUCUUAAUCUGAUGCAGCUGGGUGCUCCGAAGGUCCUUUUGCUUCGGUGGAUAUCAUCUCUGACGUUUGAGCCACGGUUCCAGCUUUUCGACAUCUUCUGUGGGGAAGGCAAUAUGGGCAAGACCUGGGCUGCUGAAGGCUAUUCGGUGGCAUCCUACGAUAAGCUCCGGGGCCCGCAAAUGGACUUCACGUCUAACGGUGGCUUCGAGAUGGUUUUGCUGAUACUGGUCAUGUUGGCCAAACAGACAACGUUUGUGGUUGAGCAGCCCACAGGCUUGCUCCGGGUAGGCUUGUGCAAAGCUUAUCGAGUAUCCGAGGUCUUCACAUGCAAUUUCUGGAUGCAUGUGGACAAAGCCGGCAAGAAACGAUUCACAGGAUCGAAUGAAAACUUGAAGAAGUCCGGGAUCUUCACGGUCGAGUUUGCCAAGAACAUGCUUUCGGCAUACAAGGAGUGGAUUCCCGACAGCUGGCUGGAGGCGAUGCAGAAGUUCCACGAGGAGGUCCGGUGCAAUGUGUCCUGGGUGCAUCCAAUCUCAACAAAAUGCCCAUCAGCCCUAGAGCUAGAUUCUUACAAGAUGCACGCACCUUCCAAGCCCGACGUGAUCAAUACUCCCGCAAUUACUCUAGGAACCUUGAAACCCUACCCCAUACUGCCCGAUUUGCUACGCACCGACCGGAUCACAGAAACAAGUCUGCACCACACUCGCCAACCGAACCCUGCUACUUGGAUAUACAUAUAUGCAUACAAACAUAGCACAUAUGUCUGCUGA